AUGAGGAAAUUCACAUUCCUGGCGAUGUUCGCGGCACUCGCGCUCGCGGCCGGCACCGCCGCGGCCGACAUGAAGAAGGUGACGUUAGGCACCGAAGGCGCCUACCCGCCCUUCAACUGGAUCGACGAGAACGGCGAGCUCCAGGGCUUCGACAUCGACAUCGGCAACGCGCUCUGCGCCGCGGCGAAGCUCGACUGCACCUGGGCGGUGCAGGAUUGGGACGGCAUCAUCCCCGGCCUGCUCGCCAAGAAGUACGACGCCAUCAUUGCCUCGAUGUCGAUCACCGAGGAGCGCAAGAAGAAGGUCGACUUCACCGGCAAGUACUACACCACGCCGGCCAAGUUCGUGCGCAUGAAGGGCUCGGGCAUCGAGAUUUCCGACGAGGGCCUGGAAGGCAAGGCCGUCGGCGUGCAGCGCGCGACCAUCCACGAGAACUUCCUGCGCGACAACUAUGGCGACAUCGUCACCAUCAAGGCCUACGCCACUCAGGACGAGGCCAACCUCGACUUCGUCGCAGGCCGCGUUGACCUGCUGCUGGCGGAUUCGAUGGCCCUGCAGGGGGGCUUCCUCGACACGCCCGACGGCGAGGGUGCGGAGUUCGUGGGCCCCGACUUCACCGAUCCGCAAUGGUUCGGCGACGGCGCCGGGAUCGCAAUGCGCAAGGGCGAGAACCGAGCUUCUCGACGCGCUUAA